AUGAUAAAGUCAAUGAUUGUCGUUAUAUGCUUACUCGUUGCUAUACAAAAUAUUUUGGCAAUACCAUUUGAUGAUUCAAUUGGUAAUCGAAUCAAGAUCAAUUCAUCAAUGAUGACUGAUAGCCAAAUGAAAGGAACGGAAUUAUAUAAUAUUCAUAGCUUAACAACUGAUUCAACAAAUGUUAUUCAGAAGUAUCAUCAAAAACGUCAGACAUGGUGGGAACAGAAACGUCAUAGACCUGGUCGCAAUUGUCGUAAUACUGGCUGUACAAACGGUCAACGAUGUACAAAUUGUUGGGGCACUUGGAGAUGCAUGCCAGGACAGCUUGUCUGCUAA